UCUGGUAGUGCCAGUGAAGCGAAUCGGUCUCCGCACGGGAUUUACGUUCAAACGACUAAAUUUCUAACAUUUUGGAAACGACACGAUUUGUUAGGAACAAUCGUACCGUAGUUUAGUGCUUGGGGAUGACAAUUAAAUGACUCUCCGAUUGUUUAGAUGCAAAGAAUAACAUUUAAAAAGUGUCGGUUGGGCCAGUCUUUUGGAUGUAACGAUUACAUUUAUGCUGAAAUUAUAGUGAAACCAUAGUGCGAAUAAUUUAGUUAAAAUGGAAAGUUUUUCGGUGUUUUUAAUAGUGAAUUGUAUGGCGUCAAGUUGACUCUUCGAUUGUAACAAUGCAAAACUAUAGAUCAGUGGUCAGCAAGUUUGCAGUUCUCUCUAAUCGAGGACUCGGAAGGCCUGCUGAGAAUAUCCGCGUUGAAGGAGCCGGGGAAGCACGUCGAUGGCGACCGGAAGUCUCGUUCGACCACAUCAAGGAGCGAACGUGAUCUUCCAACAUGGAAUAAUCAACGACUGAAGCAUACUAUUUACAUAUUUACGAAGAAAAUCGAAAAAGGAUCUGCAAUUUUCGCAACGCCCGCUGAUAACUCGUGAAAAUCAUGAAGGUCGCAGUAAUUCAUUUGCUUCUAAUCAUCGUUGCUCCCCAUCUGGCAGAAUGCGUCUUCUUAAUGGACUUUAUACGUAGCAUAAUUCAAACAGGCAAGAACAAGGUGGAUGAAGGCGGAAUAUCGUAUCCUACAAUAUAUAAUGUGCGAAGACAGCCGAUAAUUUCCGAUAGCAUCCCGUUUCCUUGCAAAGUGCAUUCUGGCAGAUCGCCGUCGAUACCCGACAGCGUUCAUCGUUUGAGACCAGGCGACAUCGACGUAAUCGGUGGUCUCGGCGAUUCCUUGGUUGCUGGAAGCGGUGCACUGGAAGAAUUUGCUGUGGGAACUUUCAUUGAGGCACGUGGGGUUAGCUGGUGCGUCGGAGGUCAGGCUAACUGGAGGCGGUUCUUCACACUUCCCAAUAUUUUGAAGGUGUUCAAUCCGCGGUUAACUGGGUAUGCCACGGGGACAGGUGAAUUUAUCUCGACCGCAGCGAGACUGAACGUCGCCUUCCCAGUCGCCGCUACCGAGGACGCCUUGCAGCAAGCGAGAAUCUUGAUCCAGAGAAUUAAAAGUGACCCGAAGAUAGACGCGAAAAGACAAUGGAAGCUCGUCACGAUUCUAUUUGGAGCUAAUGACAUCUGUUCGGCGCAAUGUUACAACCCACAGCAGUUUUCGCCGAUGCGUUACGCCCUGCAUCUACGAAAGACGCUCGACUUUCUAAGAGUCGCCUUGCCCCGUACGCUGGUCAAUCUAGUUCCAGCCAUAGAUGUCACGAUUUCGGUUAGAGUGACGCGAGGUGCCAUGUGCAAUAUAUUGCAUCCUCUAUACUGCGCUUGCAUGCACAAAGGUCGUCAACCGGAAAUCGCCGCGUCGAAAAUGUCACAGCUCUAUCAACAGGCUGCUGAAGCACUAGUACACUCGGGAAGAUACGACGAUUCCCCGAAUUUCACGGUGGUUUUACAGCCGUUUGUUAAAUUAUUUAAUGCACCCAAUGCAGAUCCUACUCGCGCAUCGCCGAUUGACUCCAGUCUGGUUACAUAUGACUGUUUCCACUUUAGUCAGAAAGGACACGCGCUCGGCGCGAAUCUUCUGUGGAACAAUAUGUUGGAGCCGGUCGGAAAUAAGACAGAAGUGGGCUUGCCGGGAAUCCUGCAGAAAGUCCUCUGCCCUACGGAGAAUACUCCUUACAUCUUCACAAACGUUAAUUCGCAACUUUUCCGAGCGACCGGCAGACAAGAUGGAAUUUUGCUCAAAUAGCGAAAGGAUACGAUCGAAAAUCAAUGGGAUUCCUGUAAUUAAUGGAGAGAGAAGAAACACCUUGUAAAUCGUCCUUGUAAAUCUAUAUACUAUAUUUCCUCGCAACGAUUUGCUUUGCAAAAUUUCGAAAUUUGCAUUUAAGAACGCGUAAAAAAUUUGCGUAACUUUUCCGGCUGUAAUUCGAAGAUAUUUCAAGCAAGUUAUGGCAGGUUCAAAAUCUAAAGUACAUUGGACAAACAUCCGGAUAACAGUGAAUCACGAGAAAUGCGGGGAAUUUUCAAUAUUAUUUGAAUAUACAUAUCAGGAAAUAUCUGAUUUGCAUAAUGGGCUUCCCCGUAUCUUUCGCCAAAUGUGUCUCUUACAUUUCAACGAAGAGCACCUUUCUAAAAAUAGGCAAUUUUUUGGAAUUCAUAUCAAUGAGAUGGCUUAUACUAGUUGAUUCUGUUUGAAUAUAACUGCAUGAUUAAAUAUUAAUUUACGGAAGAAAAAAAGCAUAUCUCUUUGAAAUGAGACAAGUCAUGUAAGGCGAUUUUUCAUAUUUUUGACAACCGUGUCAUCGAGCUUCGCUCGGACAAGGAAGUCGAUACUCCUGUCACAAGGCGAUUGAUCUUUCUUAACGAGAUGACUUGGUCAAAGAAAAGAAAUGACCUAUAUAAAUUUAGAUGACUUUCCUAUAUAUCUUAAACCCGUUUUUACUGCUUUGCGAAAGUUUCCGUUUAUUCGCAAACUUUCUCGUAAGUAUUCGUGGUAAAGUUUCGGACAGAAGAAUGAUGUAUUGUCUCGCAAACUAGAUACCGGGUACGUCAUCAAUUUCCAUAUACAGUGGGAAUAAAGAUAACGACAAAUGAUGGCGCGUUGAUUAACAGAGCAAGCUCACCUUUUAUGUAAACUUUCGAGCAGAACAAAAAAAGUUGCGUUGAUUGGAAUGACAGACACACGAAUGUCGGAAGUCGCGUUCACACUUGACAUUCUUUCGCGAAAAUCAUGCCCAUGUCAGAGAGAUGCAUGUUACACGUAUGUAAAAAUAUAUCUCGAGGAUAUUUGUGCCGCGUUGCAUCAUACGUGACGUGCAAUUGCGCCAAACGCUAAUCUAAGUGGACACAAUCUCGACCCCAUCUUCAUGAUUGUCCGGAAGAAUUGCUCCUGCGGCGAUUACAAUGGAAGAAAUCUUCGCAAGAGAUGUCGGAGAAACAGACUGAAGAUGUAUCGUUGAAUUUUCUCCCCGAGAUAUUCGUUCAUACUUGCUAACGUCAUCGACCUUCUAAAUUUACAUCUAGCCCACAUGUUAGGAAAUCGGCCGUGAUUCUAACUGUUAUAGAUAUCUCCUUCUAACUUAACUCUCGACCUGGACGUCUUGAGACAGCAAAUUUAAAUUUCUUUAGGAUAAUUUUCAAGUGUAGAAGUGUCACUAAGAUCUUGUGGCGAAUUAGAAGCGCAGUUAAUAACUAGAAUCGCUGUUAGAUAAGACAAGAUUCUUAGAAAUGAGUUUCGCAUAAUUCAUCACUCGCUUUAUCCAACGAUCUAUAACGUCUAUUCUAGUAUUUACUGACAAUUGAUCGUCGCAUAUUUCCAUCGUGUGUUUUGUACAAGGUGUUUCAAUAUAAAGAGAAAUAUCUAAAUCAAAAACAUCUCCUUUAUUUUUAAUGAUGUGAGAAAUAGAGGACAAUUUGAAUAGUUCCAAAGGAGGAAUAUUAUAUAUAGUAGAAAUUAGAAGGAAAAUUUUUUUGCAAUCAUUUUUUUCGAAAUUUUUUAAGGUCCUGGUAUCUUUUGUAGAAAAGAUGUAUUUUUUUCCAUUUUGCAGCGAAUGUUGAAAUGCAUUGAAGCAUGUCUCAAUUAUAAUCCUCAGAAGAUUUUGAAAAUAAACAAAGCGGUCAAAUUCCAAAACAGUGUUAGGAUGGUACUCGAAAAAUUGAAGAAAAAAGCAAAAAUUUUUCUUUUUAAGGUAUUCUUCCUUCAAACCUAACUCUACACUCUUUAAACAUUUCUGGUAUCAUUAGAAACAAAGAAGAUAUUUAAGUGCUGUCCUUAUGAGACGCCCUAUAUGUGAGCGUAAUGUAAUUGAUAGUUUUACACCUGUUUUUAACGUUACAUCUCAUGUCCCGCGGGUGACGUAUACGCACUUGCACAUAUGCAAUCGCACAAUUCUCAUGAUCGACUAAAGAAAUUCAAAAUUCACACCUAUACGAGAAUGUAAUAACGGAUAUUGAUUGUUACAGUCUAAUUAUCUAAAAUUGCCCAACUCGCACAACGUAUUUUAUAAUCGAGUGCGCUGUAAUUAGCAAACGGUAGAGAAAAAGCCAUUCCGAAUCAAGCAAAAUUAAUGCACUCGUCGUAACUCAGAUUUCUUUUACGGUAAAACCGUCAGCACUGUUAUGUCAACACAGUGCCGUGUUUUUUACCGAGGAAUAAAAUAAAACAUGGAAAUUGAACUACUCGUUUUGAAUACAGAUGAAUCAUUCCUCCUCGACCGCUGUCGGAAGAAUGUCAGCGAAAGUAUUCGCGAGUGGGAUAACGAAUGUGCGGACUUUGGGAGGACAAUACGGAAGAAACGGGCCGAACUAUGCCGGGAAUAUUAAUCGACUUUACUGCUAAGAUCGCUGUCGCAGGAAUUAUUUCGGAAUAAUUAUACAGGAAAUCGACCAUAACUUUUCUCGAUUUGGUCAUGUAGUCAAUUAUAAACAUCCGUAGUUGAUUACGUAUAGAACAUGAAAUUCCAGCUACAAUAAUAACGUAUCGUUACGACAGUACAGGUUGACAAAAGAAAAUUUUUAUCAAGUAAUCAAGUGUUUCUUAUGGAUUUUCGCUGAAAAAAGCAGGCCAAAUUGCUACAUUAAGUUUAAAAGUUGAUUCGAAUUUCAUGUUGAAAAAUCAGCGAUUUAUCAUAAAUUAUUUUCUUUGAAUCGCUUUUUAUUUUCAAAAAUUCAAAUUAAGUUUGAAACUUAUUGUGAUGGAACAAUUUGGCCAGCGACAUUGUUAGUUGUGAACGAAAAUCUAUAAAAAACAUCCACUCUGAUUAAAGUUACUUGACGAAAAAUUUGCUUUGUCGGCCUGUGUUCUCUUUCUUAUCGAAGUAGAUAUACUCAGUAAAAAUAAGUUAUCCGACCUGUACAUCAUCAGAUUGUUGAUUUUGGCAAUAUCCACAUUUGAUAAAAAGAUCAUGAUAUCGUAAUAUCGGUUAUGCUUGGUUUGAAAUAAAACCAAUUUAUGAUAUAAUGCCGAAUCAUCUCUUAUAAUUGAAGACACGUGCUCACAUGUCUAUUUGUAAAAUAUAUGUGUGUA